AUGGAGAAAGGUCUCGUGGGUGAGAUCGAUGAUUUGGAAAAGUGCGGCGAUGAAUUGCGUUUGGCAGUUCAAAGUAGCAAUGAACAGGAGAAAAUUGCGCAUUUAAAUAAGGUCAAAGAAGUAUUUCUUAACACUACACAGCUCGACGAUUUACUCGAUUCGUUUCUUGAGGAGAUAAUUGAUUUUGUGGAAUUGCCCAGCAUUGCGAUUAGAAUUUACAUUAUCGAAUUCAUUGAGCAAAUUAGUUUUCGCAAAUACAACGUUAUUAAACAUGCUAUUGGCAGUUAUGUUCGACUUAUUAGUCAAGGGAAUAUUCGAGUUGCGAAGGCGAUUCUGCGAUCGUGCACUCGGUUGUAUCCGGUAAUACUUCGAUGGGCCAUUGAAGAAAAGAAUGUUGCUGAAUCAAAGAAGUGCUGGGAAACAUUUUUGCACAUCAAGGAAUUUAUUUUGCGCUUGUUGGAGAAUGAAAACGAAGGGCUGAAAACCAUGGCAUUCAAGUUUUUGGAAAUAGUCAUCAUCUGUCAAUCGACUCGUUCAGAGACUGCCCAAUUGGCUCAAAUCUUGAUUUCACUGAACGAUGUUCCUAUCGAUCACCGAUUUAUCAGUCAUCAUCAAUUGAAACAUGAAGCCACUCAAUACUUAAAGAUUCUAUUUGACCAAAUGGCGCUACCACAUAUUUCCUACCAGAACCUGAUAGUUGCAUUGGGAUGUAUCAUAAAGAUAGCACGCCUUCACGUUGAGUAUUUUCCCCAAGUCAUCGAAGGUAUUGAAAUUCUUCAUGUCAAUCUUCCGCCUACUUUGACGAGGGGACAAGUCAAAUCAAUGCGAAAAGAAUUAAAGAAGCAUUUGUUAAAAAUGCUGAAACAAUCGCCUGAUGCUCCGCUUCAGAAACGAGUAGAAACUAUAUUGAUUGGCCUUGGAGCAAACUCUAUGGAAGUUGAGCGGAUGCCUCGUGGAAAUCAAAAAUCGAAACAUAAGCGUCGUUCGGUAGAUGAACCGGAUCUGGAGGAUCACAAGAAAAAACGGAAAGAAGUCGCAAAAGCGGUAACAAAAGCACUUCCUAAAGAUGAUGACGAUGGCGCUGAUAUUGAUGAAGUUGAGACCCCCCAGACAGCAAUUGACAUUACAACGGACUACGUUUUUGAGCGAUUGUCCUUCGGUCUUGUUGUGAAUCUUGCUAUGAUUUCUUUGGUUACCCUACCAAAUGAAAUGCCAGCUUCCUUUCAAGCAUAUUACACCCCGAUACCAUCAGUGAUUGCAGACGAAGAAAAGAUGCAUUUGUCACGAAUGUUAGCUUCACAAAUAGCUCAGGCCGGCCUUGGUGCCGAAGGCCCGGGGGUCGAACAAUCUCAGAAAGCAAGUAGAUUAGCGGAAGAUAGAAGAAAAUCUUCAUCGAUGGUAUCGAUUGCAGUAUCUGCUCAAGAGCUUCUUUUAAAGUCGAAAACUCGAGCGGACAAUAAGCUGGAUGGAGAUUCGAAGCUUAAUUCUGCUGAUCUUCUUGGCAAAGAUUUCGACAUCACAGAAGACGUCAAACCUCUACCACGAAAAGAAAUAUUUGGAAUAUUUCAACAAACUUUUAAGUCGAUCAUGGAGGCAGAAUCUCGUGCUAGUAUGGCGAAUAUGCUUCAUAUUCACAACUCGUUGCUAGUGCGUCUGGUCUCGCGAUAUCAUACAUGUCACGAAUUGGAUUUGCUUGUUGUGGAUUUCAUUGUGUCUGAACACAAAGCACGCGGAGAUCUCGCUGUUCUUUGGAUUAUCGAACUGUAUAAACAAUAUCAAAGCGAUGAACAAAACAGAGAGAAAAUGUUUGAACGUUAUGAAUAUGUCAUGGGGACGCUUGUUGAAAAGAUGUUUCACAAAAUUCUCUACAAGGAAAUGGCGUUUCAUCGAAUUUAUUUGGAGGCUCCGGUAAUCACCGAUAAAGCUUUAUUCUGGCUUCAGCGGACGUUUUUAGACUCGCUUUAUGGGCCCUUUUGUCUCAUGACUUUACGCGAACUUAUUAUUGCUCGGGCCAAACAGCGAGAUAAUCUUGUGAAGUUGUUGUUCAAUGUUAGCUUAAAUGAUGGAACUGAGAUUUCUGACCAAGCCGCCAAAACUAUCAAAGAGCUUUACGAAUUUUCUUAUGUUCGUCCUGUUAUAACCAAGUAUUUGGAAGAAAACUUGGAUGCUUGUUUGCUUGAAUUUCCACCACCAAGCUAUGCGAAGCCAGGAGAACCUGCGCCUCUAGCCUGGGAUGAAAAACUUUAUCGAGUGGCACUCAAUGUUUACCUCGAUUUGAUACUGGUUGAUUCUUCCUUGAUACAUCGGCUGGCCAAAGUUUAUGCACAUGCAACUAACGCACUGAAAAAAGUAAUUCUGAGAAUGAUUGAAAUGCCUAUUCGAGAGAUGAGUAUGAAAUCUGACGAUAUCGUAAAGUUGGUAAAUGAAUGUCCUAUUGGUUCAGAGACAUUGGUGGCUCGUAUAACUCAUUUGCUCUCAGAAAAAAAUCCUAUAACAAGUGAAAUUGUGCUUGGUAUGAAACGACUACACAAGGAACGUAAUACAGACAUUCGAAGUUUAAUUCCCAUUUUGAGUGGAUUGUCACAGGAAGAAAUUUUGGAACUUUUGCCAAGACUCGUUCUUGAUCGGGCGAACCAAAAAUCAGUUCCCUAUGUUUUUCGCCGUAUCCUACAAUCACAACACCCAGAAACUGGGCAACCACCAAUUUCACCUGUUGAUUUUGUUGUUUUUUAUCAUCAUUUGGAGCCGAUCAACGAUGAACAGCGACAGCUACACUUAGAGCGUAUAUUGAUA